AUGAAACCAGUCAUUUGUCUUUCCGUCCUCCUCGCGGUGGGUAUUGAUGUCACGACUGCCCGACCGGCAAACCUUCAUAUCAGGCGAAAUCCAGGCCAUGACAUGCAGACCCGAUCUGCGGUCUGGAAUUCCAAACUUGGCCGUCGCGAGGUGCCACAGGAACACUCACACGAGAAAUUUCUUACAACUGUGAACCAAUUCCUGAAAAUAGACAAUCCAGACAACAUCGUGGAUGCUGUAUUCGGUCUUCUGGGCAAUGCUGCCGCUUCCGCCGGUCAGGGCGAUAUCUCUAAUACGGAUUGUCUUCAACAAGCUACCGCCGACAGAGCCUUCACCAACGCUAAAGCUGCUGGCGACGUGGACGGUAUGACAGCUGCUUUGAUCUACAGAGCUCUUGAGCGCAAUACCGGAGCUGUUGGACAGGCAUCUGUUCCUUGCACCGCAAUCCAAGCCGAAAACCCAGAAAUCGCUGCAAUCUCCCAGCACCAAGAUCCGGCUUCCAACAAUGCUGCGACGGUCAACAAAGACAUCGCUCUCGCACUCGCUGUUCAGAUUGCCAACAUUGGAGGUAACCCGCUCGACGCCCUGCAGUCCGGCACUUUUGCUCCCGGUACGAUCGGGGACCCAACUGCGAAGGGGAACAGCUGCGAUGACCAGAACGACCCAGUGGGCUGUAUCUUCACUCAGAAUCUGCUUGUCGAGGACGCCACAGAAGACGAAGUCAACGCUGCUGUUGCUGCCUCAGCCACUGCUUCUGCCGGAGCUGCAGCCGCUACCGGUACUGACUCGGCCGCGGCGACAGAAUGCAUUGCACUCCCUGAUGCAGCAGAAAGCACCACAUCUACCUCUUCUGUAGCUGCAGCCACUACCACAGCUACUACCACAACCACUACGGCGGCUGCUGCUACCACGACGGCGGCCGCAAGUGCAGCCACAACCAGUACUUCCGCUGCGGCCACGGGAUCGUCCAUCUUGGAUUUGGGUUCCUGUCCCGACCCGACCAUUAUUUUCGCCGACGGCCUCGACGGCCGCAACCAGCCCGCCUUUGAGCCACACGACCUGACGCUCUUCCCGCACGGUUCCGCGCUGAACAUCAAGGUCAUCACGGACUUUAUUUGCCAACAACUCAACGAUAAGUGCAAAGCGUCUCAGCAGGCCCUGGACGCAUGUAAUCAGGGCGCCACCGCUGCACAGGCACAAACUGGACAGGCGGCCGCUGACGCUUUCAACCAGGCGCUGGGCUUCUAG